AAAACUGUAGUUACCAUUCCAGAAAAUUUACUACUUUCCGAUUCAGAAAAAUCAGUUCUCAGCAAGGGCUUAAAUUUUGUUCCCAUAUCACAAAAAACCGACGAAUUUUCAGUUAAGCAAGACGUUGAAAAAUUCCUUCGCCGCGUUCAGUUGAAAGCCUUUUUUCAUGACAAAGAGGAUGAUUCUAACACCUCGAACAAAGAUGCUUUCGAAACACUCCAGAUUCGAAAGUCUAAAUGGACUCCCCCAGAGGGCCAGAGACGUCGCCACGAUAUCAACAAACUUAAAUUCAAUCGUAACACCAAAUUUUCCAAUCUUUCUUCGGAAGAGUGGUCGGCACUAAAAAGUCUAAAAAAACGCAAAGACAUUGUCAUUAAGGCGGCCGACAAAGGCGGUGCAGUCGUUGUUUGGCGGGCCGACCUCUAUCAAAAAGAAGCUUUGCGGCAACUUUCUGACACCUCCUUUUAUGCUAAAGUCGACAAAGAUCUCACUUUAAUUAACCAAAACAUUGUCAAAAAUACGAUUAACGAUCUUAUAGCUAAACAAGAAUUGCCGGCCACUGCUAAAAAUCUCAUUAUUACUACUCCUAGAACUUCGUGUAUUUACUUUUUACCUAAAAACCACAAACCUUACAACCCAGGUCGACCCAUCGUUUCUGCCUGCAGUUGUCCUACUGAACUUAUUUCCAGCUAUUUAGACAAAAUUAUGGCACCUAUCGUCAAAACUCUACCGUCUUACAUUAAGGACAGCCAACACGCACUUGAAAUUUUUCGUGACUUCAGUUUCCUCGACCAAAACAAACUUAUUUUCACCAUGGAUAUAACAUCUCUUUACACUGUCAUUCCCAAUGACGAAGGUCUCCGGGCCCUCAAACAUUUUUUCGAUCAACGCACUGUUAGAGAACCUAGCUCUGAAACACUACUCCGUCUGGCCGAACUAGUACUCACACUCAAUUGCUUUUCAUUCGGUGGUAACUACUACAAACAAACUAAUGGCGUGGCCAUGGGUACUAAAAUGGGACCCAGCUACGCCAAUCUUUUUGUAGGUUUUAUCGAACAUCAGUUUUUGAGCCAAUACCACGGCCCAAAACCUCAACUCUACGGCCGCUACAUUGACGAUUGCAUCGGCGCUACCUGCUCUACCAAAGAGGAGCUCACUCAAUUUAUAACCGCCGCCAAUUCCUUUCAUCCGGCUCUUAAAUAUACCGGGGAAAUUUCCGACACUUCUUUGGCUUUUCUAGACAUCAAAAUUUCAAUUGAAGGCAACGGCUUAUGUACUAGUGUUUACUACAAACCUACAGAUUCACAUAGUUACUUGUUGUAUUCAUCCUCACAUCCAUCACAUGUCAAGAACUCCAUACCUUUUUCACAGUUUCUCAGACUUCGUCGCUCAUGUAGUGACGACUCUGAUUUUUCCGAAAAAUCAGAGGCAAUGUGCCAGUUUUUCGAUAAACGCGGCUAUCCUGUUUCUGUCGUUCAAGCGGGCUACCACCGUGCCCAACAAAUCGAUCGACAGGCGGCACUA